AUCCGUUUGUGUGCGUAACCGCGACGAAACCUCGGAAUAGAGGCGCAUUCUUGUGUACUCUUGUAUCCACGGAUUCGUCUUGUUGGUGGCCAUCAAAGAUGUGACAUCAUCAACACUCUUUGCCAUACUGUCACCAGUUAAAUUAUAAUUUAUUUAAAUCACCCACACCAGUGAUUUCUACGCCACUGCGAAUCCCGCGAUAAGAACACUCAGUUUUGUUGAGAUUGCAAGAUCCACUAGGCCUUGGUUGGUAACUUGAUAAUUAUCUUGCGUGAUUACGUUCGUAGAAAACAUAAAAAAAAUAUAUAUAAGCACUAAAAGAAUAUAUUUAAUUUGAAUAAAUAGUGGUAGGGAAAUGAGGAGAGUAAGAGAAAUGGAUUAAAUCGUUAGCGAGUACGCAAGACUGUUGGCCAAGUCGUCAUCCAUCAUAUCACCUACGGCAGUUUGUUAUUGCCAGAGACAUGGAUUAUCGAUAUGGAUUGCGUUAUAAAGAGGACAAUGAUAUGGACAACGAGAAAGAUUGCGCCAGCAGUGAAACGGCGGACGACGGCAAAGGUGCGCCGAAGAGAGGCGCGCCGCAAACACGAGGCACCGCCAUAUCUUUUGGGUUUCGUAGAAGAUCUCGCGAGGACGGGAAUCGCCAGGCGAUAAAAAAUUACGAAGACGAAGUACCCCAGCGGUCAAAGUCGCUCGGUCCGGAGCAGGUAAGAAGACGGAUUGUAGAUGACGAUGACCAACGACACCAGCGUGUCCAAAGUGCCUCGUCCGGACGAUCAACACCGCGAUUGGCACCGCCCAAGAAAGAGGUAGUCGCUGGUAACGUGCGAAUGAAUCGGUUCGGGUUUCGUCAGCCUCAAGCUGCGAAAUAUACCGACAAAGUUGCGGACAUUUGUUCCAGUCACAGUGCAAGUCACUUUAAUCAGGACAAAACACAUCAUCAGCAGCAUCAACAAGAGCAAACUCACGUCCCGCGAUCAUCUGCGAGGAAUCAGCAGUAUGCUACUCCACCGAGUGCAAAGCUGAGGCCCUCGCCAGUCAACAAUCCACCGGCCUACAGUCAUUCGAACAACGCGACUGAGAUAAACCGCAAGUUGACUAAUAUUCCCGAACCGGUUAGUAAGUACACUCUGCACACGAGUCAUCUUCCGUUGCCACAAUUCGCGGUCCGCGUUGCAGACACGAACCCAAAGAUUGCCAAAACAGUUGCCAAUCAAAAUAGAAAAGUAUCCACGGCGUCGAAAAGCUCCGCGGGCUCACAAUCCGGUUCGGGAACUGAGGACUCUGGGAUCGGGAGUCAGCCGGGUUAUCUAAUCGAGCACGAACAGACACUAAUUCGAGGUGGGAACGGCAACAGCGGAGGCAUGGAUUAUCUUGAUGGCGCAUCUGCAGUCAGACGGAUACAAGUCAGGCCCCGGAAUUUGAGAAUGGUCGUUAAUGGCAAGAGUUUUGAUGUGCGCGACGUCGACGAUGACAACACUGUCACUGAGAUCUCAGUGAUACCCUUGCCAAAGACGUUUGCCAGCGUAAAUCUCAACACGGGAUUGGUGCGCGAACGGACGAGUCAGUACCACCAGAGAAUAACAAAUAAUAAAGACAACAGGUACUGUACAACAGAGUCCAUAACUUCGAUGUCAACGACCUCGUCGGAAGGCUACGACGAGGGUCUGGGUGAGGAGAAGGUCUUCAAGGACCGCUCGCGCUCUGAAAAAGUUCCCUCUAUCAAGUCUGACUUCAGUCCUCCCAGCUCAGACGACCCCGAGUACGGACACGGCGAGGCAAUGGCCGAUGAGUACUCUUUCAGUUCCAGCGACGAGUGCCGUGCUAACAACAUUCAACAGCAUCUCAAGACAAUCUCCAACCCAGCACCCAAGAGCUCUGUCACCCCUCUGUCUAUCCCGAAGAACACUCUGCGCUCAGUGAUGCUCACCAUCGAGGAUCCCGCGUUCGCUGCCGCCGCCGCGUCCUCGACUACUCUCAUCGACGACGAGACCUCACCCGUAGACAGUCUCGUCGACAGCCUCACCGCCAGUAUCACCCAGUCUGACGGCCAGGCCUCAAAGAAAGAAAAAAUCGUCGCUGACAAGUGUCCCGGUAUCAUUCCCGACGAUGACUCCCCAGGUACUCCGACAAACGCUUCUAAUUCCCUGAGUCUCUCCGAGGGCAGAGAAUAUUUCGAUGACGAAAUCGCAGACCAACCUGGAUUGACCUUCGACGACACAAUGCGGACCGCUCAUGAAACUCACUCCGGUCGUAUUAGUCGACAAGUUACCGACAGCAGCAACACUCUGAUGGAACCUGUUACCAAGACCCAUUCCAUACAAGCUAAGAAUAUUGAAAACAGUCCGUUAAAUUGCCGGAGAAUCAGCAGAACCGGUAGCGUUGACACCCUGUCACCCUGUGAGUCAAUAACGUCAGAUGACAUGAUGCUGGAUUAUGAACGCAGCGAAACCAGCUCUUAUGAUGAACCUCAUCGCAGAUUCGAAUCAAGUCCAGCAAUUCAUGAAAUGGACGACGCGACAAUCCUCUCAGAAUUAGAAGCCCAGGGCGAAGAAGUAAUGAGAGAGUGGUCAUCACUACUAGGAACCCACCCCCAAAUUUCAAAUUCAAAUUUGACAAACAACAAUUUGAUCUCCAGCAACAACAACAACAUAAACAAUCAACAAAUCUCCGAAUCUGGAAUCGGCAGUGCAAGAACAUCUCGACUGUUGCGCAGCAGAACUGGCACCGAUUCACCGCGUUCUUUGGAUAGCGUGCGAACCCGACAGGUUGCCAGUCCUUUCAGGCCGGUGUUAACAGGAAACGGUCAAUCCCCGAGUCUUGACUCCGGCGACGAAGGAAGCCCGAGGCUAGAGCGAUGCAACUACCAACAGGAUAUCGUUUACAUAAAGACCGGGUUAUUGAAACUUAUGCGCAUCAUUCAGGAGUCUGAAGAGAAAGAUUUGACGAGGGCGGAUACUCUCAAUCCAUUCAACAAUUCGCUGAAUGGUCUCUUCCACAAUCUGAAUGAAGACGGUACCGAUUCGAACGGUUUACUAACUAACGGAGCACUUAAUAUUGCUGACGAAUUGACUGAUUUACGUAGACAAGUUAUAUUUCUUCAAGGACAAUUAGAAGACAAGGAUAGAGCGAUACAAAAUUUACAACUGCAAGUUGCCAAACAACAGGAUUUAAUAAACAGCGUUGAUUCACAGAGUAGUGUCUCGUAUGCCAGUUCGUCUAAAGAUAUGUCUAAUGCUGCUACUCAGACUGAAAAGAUUCGUCCAAUAUCAGCAGGACCGUCAUUACUGCAAGGAUUUCCACAAGACAAUGGCAUGGGGCCUCUCGUUAGUUGGAGUGAAACGUGGAAUCAAAAAUCAUCACAACGACCGCUAUCGCUUGCAGAAAUCGGCAGUAAUUGUGCGAGCAGCGGUAACGUCAAAAGUAAUCGGAAGAUCGAUCGACCGCGGACAGUUAAAUCACGUCAUGAACAAAUUCAAGCAUCAAUUCGUUUACCAAAUGGCAGCAGUAAUGGAAACAUUAAUGGAAAUGUUAAUUCAAAUGCGAACGGAGUUACCGAGUUAGAAAAAGAUAAAUCGCAAAGUCAACAAAAUUCAGUAGUGAGAAGAAUAAUAAAAUCUCGCGACUCGGUAACGAAUCAGAUUAUCGAUGACGAAUUCACAAAAGAAUCAAAGCCUGAAGUACCUAAAUCAUGUAUACCGUCUCUUAAAAAAGUAACCACGCGAGUCGCGAGACAGACGAAUAUUUCCAUAAAUCGAUCGCACAAUGCGUAACAUUGAUGCUUGUUUAUGUAGUUUGUAUACAUAUAUAUAGAUAUAUAUUUUCCAUAAAAAAGAAAAUAAUUUAAUUUUUCAUUUUGUAAAUUUUAUGUUUUUAGUUGCAGAUUAAAUUUAAUUUGUAUAUAUAAAAGAAAGUUUAUAUAUAUUUGUGAAUUCGUUAGUAAAGCGAUUGAAAUUUAUUUCUGUAAUCGCGAAAACUACUGAAUAGUUGCUCCACAGUAUUCAAAAAAAAGAAAAAGAAACGAGGCUACGACUAUACAAUUAGAAGUUUAGUAAUUGGAGCAAAAUACUAUCAUUAGUAUUUUUAUUUUCCAUGCAAUUGUAUUUUCUUUUCUUUUUUUUUUUUCGAAUUAUUAAAUGCAAUAAAUUUUCGAGGUCAAUUGACUUGGCUUCGAGCCGGUAAUUUUCUCGGUUAUUCAAAUUUCUAUUGUAUAGUCGGUGGCAAAUAAAAGGGUACGUUGAGACAAAGGCAAAAGUGCGCGAUCAACGUAACAGUCAUUCAAUUGUAGAUUAUAAUUGUAAAUAUUAUUAUUUUUAUUAUUAGUUGGAAAUGGUUAUAAAGAUAUUAUUAAUUAUUAUAGUGAUAGUAAGAUGACAGGGACAAAUAAUUUACUUAAAAAAUUAAUUUAUUGCUAUAAAUUCCUGCUGUUUUAAAUUUUAUUUGUAUAUAUUAUCAUUAUUAUUCAUUAUCACUUAUUGUACUGAUGUUAUAAUUUAAUGCGAACACUUAAAUUAUGGCCUAAAAGCACCUCAGAGUCUUGUAAUUUAUUAUUUUUUCGUCAGAGCUUUAUUUUAUGACGCAUUUAGAAGUGGAUUUUUUGGAGAGGAAUUAACAAAAAUGGGGUGAGGGUGUGGCGUCACACUAAGUGUGAAAUUUCGGUUCAUUUCGUAGCACAGAAAAUAUUUUCCAUCAUUACCUGCACUGAAAGUUAGAGUUUGAAUGUCCGGAGCCGGAAAUGAGACAAUUUUAGACCAAUAGAAUAUCGGCUCUUAUUGGAAGUGUGAAAAAAUUUUUUUUAAAAAUUCCAGUUCGUUAUACAAAGUCUGUAAAUUUGAGUUUGAAACUUUAGAAAAUUUUAAAAUAAAAAUACUUGGUUUGGAAAUUAAUUUGAACAUAUGUCGAUUUUGUAUGACCGAGUUUGGACUUUAGAUGAUUUUUACUCCGUAGCAAAAAUACCGAAAUUUUUUGAUGAAAAAAAAAAUCGAUUGAUAAUAAAAGAAAAAAUUCCGGUAAAAGUCAAAAUGUCUUCGUAUUGAUUUUUGAAAACUGUAUUUUUAUUUUUUUAUCUUCGAAAAUUCUCUAUAUCGAAUUUCGAACUUUGUAUCGCGAAUACUUUAUAGAAUUUCCUAUGGUUUGAUUUUUUUUGACACAUAUUGAGUGGCUCGAAUGCCACAUGAUUGGUUUGAGGUUUAUAAAAAAAAAAACGUGCGAUUUUAAUUGGGCAGAAACUAAUUGACUGACUGGCUAAACACUAAUUGAAACUUAUACUUGAGUGCGGGGAUGAUAAAAAAAAAUUUGAAUUUAAAAUAGCCCGUCCUUAUUUAUAAAAUACGCUCUGACAAUAUAAUAUAUAUCAAUAACUAAAAUUUACCUCGAAAUAAAAGUUUUAUGUCAAAGAAUUUUGUACGUUAUGAUAAUAAUUAAAAAAAGAUGUAAAGAUGAAUAAGAGAAAUGACAAAAAAAAAUAAAAAUAUAAUAAUAAUCAGUGCAAAGCCAAAAUAUCAAAGCUUUGGCUUUUUUGUAUUAGAAAUUUCUAUACGAUUCAGUGAAAAAAAGUAACUAGAAGCUUGUCUGAACUGAUGUGUAUUAAAUUUAUUGACCGGAAUACAGCAGGUUUCGUAGUAUUGUUCAAAAAUAUUUAUUCUAUUCAUUCCAUUUCUCUUUUACCAGACCUCAAUGUCACUAUUGUACUUUCAUAAAAAAAAAAAAAAUUUAAUUACAUAACAUACCAUCUAAUUGUAA